AUGUAUAAAUCUAUUGAAAAUCAUUUUGUAGAUGGACCCAAGAAAAUUAAAAUCACAAAAAGUCCCUCCGCAUCUAUUUUCCCAGUUAAUUCAGUUGAAGAAGGUGAGGAAGAAGGUGAGAACAAGAAAGUUGAAAUUAAUAUCAAUAUUAAUGUGAAGCAGCUGGAAAAUCAACACAUGGUUGAGAGUAAUGAUGGAUUAAAGUUGGAUGACACACUUGAGAUACUAAUGGCACAAAAUUAUUCAAACCAACCUGUAUCAGCUUCAGCAACCCAUUAUUCCAUCAUCAAUCUCAGAUGCUCUGCUGGAAGCAUCAAGGAAGCAUAUUGUUGUAAUGGUAUUGUUAAUAAUAGUAGUGAUGUUGAACAAUUAAAUAAUGGUGAACAAUUAUAUGAUGAAAGUGACUUUAUUGGAUAA